AUGUCCGGAAGCCGCCCACGUUUGGGCUCCAUCACUAUCGAAAGAUUCGAUCGUUUAGAGUUCGUCCUUCUCGUCAGAUGGCUCCUCUGGGGCCUCUUCUCCUCCUGGAGCAGCUCCAUCCUUGUAAAGCUUGGAGACAAUUGGUUGAACCUUGCUCUCAAGAUCCUUCUUCUGCUCCUUAAGUUCUUCAGCGGAUGCAUCAGCGUUGGAUCCGAGCCAAGAGAUGGCCUCAUCGACGGCUUCCUCAAUGGUCUUCUUGUCAUCCUCAUCAAGCUUUCCUCCGAGUUUUUCCUUGUCUCCGAUUUGGUUCUUGAGGGAAUAGGCGUAGGAUUCAAGCUCGUUACGGGCCUCGGCCUUCUCCUUGACCAAUUUGUCAUCCUCAGCGAACUUCUCGGCGUCAUUGAUCAUGCGCUCAAUGUCUUCGGGGCUGAGUCUGUUUUGGUCGUUGGUGAUGGUGAUCUUGUUCUUGUUUCCGGUUCCCUUAUCCUCGGCGGUAACGUGGAGGAUUCCGUUGACGUCGAUUUCAAAGGUGACUUCGAUUUGUGGAACUCCACGUGGUGCUGGUGGGAGUCCGACGAAUCUCUCGUUACUCACUUGGAUGGUGACGGUUGGUUGGUUGUCAGCGGCGGUAGAGAAGACUUGGGACUUCUUGGUUGGGAUGACAGUGUUACGGCCGAUAAGCUUGGUCAUGACUCCUCCGACGGUCUCAAUACCCAUGGUAAGUGGGUUGACAUCAAGAAGAACAAUCUCUCCGGUGUCUUCCUCUCCAGAGAUAACUCCUCCUUGGACGGCGGCUCCGUAGGCAACGGCCUCAUCAGGGUUGAUUCCGCGGGAUGGUUCCUUUCCGUUAAAGAACUCCUUGAUGAGUUGUUGGACCUUUGGAAUUCUGGUGGAUCCUCCGACAAGAACAAUCUCGUGGACAUCAUCCUUCUUGAGGUCAGAGUCUUCAAGAACCUUCUGCACUGGCUUGAGAGUAGCACGGAAGAGAUCCAUGUUGAGCUCCUCGAACUUGGCACGGGUGAGGGUCUCAGAGAAGUCUUCUCCGUCGAAGAGGGACUCGAUCUCAACCUUGGUUUGAUGUUGGGUGGAGAGAGCUCUCUUUGCCUUCUCGACCUCACGACGGAGCUUCUGAACGGAACGCUUGUCCUUGCGGAGAUCCUUUCCAGACUUCUUCUUGUAAAGCUUGAUGAAGUACUCCAUGACACGUUGAUCGAAAUCUUCUCCUCCCAAGUGGGUAUCUCCGUUGGUGGCCAACACCUCGAAGACUCCGUUGUCGAUGGCGAUAGCGGCGGCGGUUGGCUCGUUGAUGAUACGAACAACGUUCAAUCCAGCGAUGGUUCCGGCGUCCUUGGUAGCUUGACGUUGGGCAUCAUUGAAAACCAUAGCGGAGACUUCUUCUGGGGUGAAUUGCUUGUUGUCCGCUCCGACUUUAACUUCGACGGAUGGCUUGUUGCUCUUGUCAAGAACCUUGAAUGGCCAAUGUUUGAUAUCGGCUUGGACGGUCUUGUCGUUGUAAUCUCUUCCGAUGAGGCGUUUGGCAUCAAAGAUGGUGUUCUCUGGGUUGAUGGUGAGCUGGUUCUUGGCGGCAUCUCCGAUCAGACGCUCUCCUUGCUCUCCGGAGAAGGCAACGUAGGAUGGGGUGAUACGCUUACCUUGGUCGUUGGCAAUGAUUUCAACACGUCCGUUCUUGUAGACUCCGACACAGGAGUAGGUGGUUCCGAGAUCGAUACCAAUGAUGGUUCCAUACUUGGUCUCCUUCUUCUCGGUUUUCUCCUCUUCUUCGCAGUAGACACUGACGGCGGAAAGGGCGAUCAAGCCCAACAAGAAUAA